AUGUCAUUCAACAUAUGCAAAAAGUAUUGGGAUGAUGAUUUAUAUAAAAAUGAUCAUAAAAAUUGUAAUCCUAAAAUAACAACAAUUGCUAAAAGACCAGAAACAGGAAAUGCUGGUCAACUAAUUAAAAUUUAUACAAAUCAUUUUACAAUUAAUUUUUGUACACCACCAAAUAAAAUAAUUUUAUAUCAAUUUGAUGUUGAUGUUGAAAUAUUAAUGUCUGAUGGUUCAUGGUAUUCAUGUGGAAAAGAUGAACGUUUACAAGUUAUGAAAAAAAUAAUUAAUAAAGAAAAUUUUCCACUUGUUUGGUAUGAUGAAGGAAAAAAUUUAUAUUCAAUUGAAAAUUUAAUGUUAAAUUUAAGAAAAAAAGAAUAUCAAUGUGAAAUAAAUGAUAAAAAUACUGGACAAACAAAUAGAUUUCGUUUUUUAAUUCUUAAUCUUGUUAAAAUAUAUACAUUAAAAAAAAUAAUUGAUUUUAUUCAAAAAAGAAUUUCAAUUGAACCACAUGAUCUUGUUAAAAUUCUUGACAUUUUAUUUAAACAAACAAAAAGAUCAGAUAUAAUUACUAUUAAAAAUCAAUCAUAUAGAAAACAUCAACGUUUAGAUGAUCUUGGUGGUGGAAUUGGUUUAGGAUCAUGUUCCUAUCAAUCAAUUAUACUCUGUGAACGUGGUUUAACAUUAAAUAUAAAUAAAUCAUUUGUGACUUUUUAUCAAAAUUAUAAUUUAGUUCAAUUUCUUUCAUGUAUUUCAUCAAAAGAUCAGGCAUUACUUGUUCGAAAAUUAUUAAAAUUUCUUUGGUUUGUCAUGCUAUGUGAAGCAGAAGCUUGUCAAUAUCGUUUAAAAUCAUUUGGUCGUCCAGCAAAUCAACAUACAUAUAUUAUUAAUGGCAAUGAACAAAUAACAGCUGUUGAUUAUUUUAAUGAUAUAUGGAAAUUUCCUUUACGUUAUCCACAUUUACCUGUUGUUGAAUUAUACCAUCCAAAUGAUAACAAUCGAUUAUAUGCUUUACCAAUGGAAUUAGUUGCUGUUGAUAAAGGACAACCAAAUUUACAAGCACUCACAACUGAAGAACAUAUUGAAGCAACAAGAAAAACGCUUGUUCGUCCUAAUAAAUGUUAUAGAAUGAUUCAACGUGUUGUUGAUGAACGUCGAUUUAAUCAUGAUUCAUAUUUACAAAAAUUUGGUAUUAUUGUUGAUGUUAAUGAAAUGUUAUUGAUACCUGGAAGAAUUUUACCAUUACCAGAAAUUAAAUAUAAAUUAUCAGAUAUUGAUCAACAUGAUAUUAUCGAAGGAGUACAAAUAGGUAGAUGGUGGUUAAAUAAGUUUUUUAAAAAAGUACGUGAAAUACGUACAUGGGCUAUUGUUCUUGUUAGUCAACAUAAACCUGAUGAUCAACAAAUUUGUUUAACAAGAGAUUUUACUCAAAGAAUUUUACAGGUUAUGUCAAAAUAUGGCGUUCGAUUUAAUUCAUCACCUAUUGAAAAAUAUGAUGCAGCUAUAUUACAAACAAUAGUAGCUCGUAUGAAUGAACUUAAAAUGCUAGAAUGUGAAGUUAUUAUUUAUAUUCUUGAUCAAGUUGGUGAUGAAAUGUAUAAUGCAAUAAAACAGUUUGCCAAAAUAAAAAUUGGUAUGAUAACUAAAUGUAUUCCUUUCAACGAAUUGGUCAAUAAUUAUUCACAUAAAAUGAACAAUUCUAUUGAAAAUUUAGUAAAAAAAUUAAAUAUAUUAUUGGAUGAUUGUGAUCAACUUAUACCAUUAAUAUCUUUAUUAAAUUCACCAACAUCUCGUUCAGAUGUAUUUAUGUUCUUCGGUAUUGGUUAUACUCAUAUAGCAUUUUCAUUUCAACGAGCAUCAGUUGCUUAUAUUUGUGGGUCAACAUAUUCAACCAAUUCAAAAUAUUCUAUUCGUCUUUUAAAACAAGUUGUACCAAAAGAAAAAAUUUCUUAUUCAAUAAUAAGAGAUCUUCAUAUAUAUGUUGGUGAAUUAAUACGUGAAUUUUUUCAACAUAAUUUACGUUUACCAAAUAAACUUGUUUUCUAUCAAGUUGAUCUUGGUAAUGAAUCAUUUCAAACAAUACUUGAUCAUGAAUUAAAAACUAUUGAAGGAGCAUGUCAAGAAUUGUAUGGUCAUAAUCAAGUUCCUCGUAUUUGUUUUGUUCUUGUUAAACAAUAUCAUAAUACACGUUUCUUUACUUGGGAUGAAAAAUCAAAUCAAGCAAAAAAUAUUCCACCAGGAACAGUUAUUGAUACAGAUAUUGUUUCACCAAAUCGUUUUGAUUUUUAUCUUAAUUCUGAUGCACCUAUUCAAGGUACAGCAAAACCAAUGCUUUAUCAAGUCUUAUGUAAUGAAAUUGGUUUUACAUCAAAUGAAAUACAAAUAUUAACACAUUACUUAUGUCAUACUGAUGCAGGAUGUACAAACACAAUAGCGGUACCACUGCCUAUUUAUUAUGCGACAGAUAAUGUGGCAUAUUACACAAAUCAAAAUAAUUCUGAAGCACAAAAGAUCAUACAAGAAGAUAAAAAACCUAUUCGUCGGGGCACGUUUUGGAACACAAAUAAAGGUGUAACUGAUGUAUGGAUUCAUGAUGGUGGUGAUAACUUAGUUGAUCGACUUACAUCUCCAAUUGGAAAAUUUUAUUUUGCUUUAGGAUCUUAA